AUGUCUGCCAUUGCCUCAGCGCUGCGCCCUACCCUCCGCGCCUCCUCCGGCGCCGCCCUGUCCACGCGUUCCUUCAGCUCUUCCUCAUCCCGUUCCAUUGCUCGUAUCAUGAUUACGGGUCGUCUGGCUGGCCAACCCGAGGUGCAGGCCACCGCUUCUGGCCAAGAAGUCAUCAGAUACACCGUGGCCUCUAACCAGAACUCGAAGGAUAAGCGCCCGCCGAGCUUCUUCAAGGUGUCGGCCUUCAGUGAGGGAAACCAGCGCGAGUUCAUCACCAACUUGCAGACGGGUACUCUUGUGUUUGUCGAGGGAGACGCGACCAUGCGCCAGUGGGAGAACGCAGAGGGCAAGAAGCAGACGGCCCUGAACAUCACCCAGCGCGCUCUUGAGGUCCUCAAGCGUCCAUACAACCCUGAAGCCUUCUCUGAGGAGCAGCAGCAGGAGUAG